AUGAAGAAGAAGCGAGCCGAGAGCGUCCCGAACUACACCGACAUAAUCGCGGGACUGAAGGAUAUAUACAAGAGCAAGAUCAAGCCUGUCGAGCAACUGCUUUCCUUUGACCAGUUCUCAACGCCGUCGCUCACGGAUGCAGACCUCACAGCCAAACCGAUUGUGCUGCUGAUGGGACAGUAUUCUGUCGGAAAGAGCACCUUCAUCAAGUAUAUUCUUGAGAAGGAGUAUCCAGGCUGCCACAUUGGCCCCGAGCCCACGACGGACCGCUUCAUUGCCAUCCUUGGCGGCGAAGACCGCAUCAUCCCCGGAAAUGCAGCAGCUGUCGACCGGGAUCUGCCCUUCACGUCUCUGUCACGGUUUGGCGCCAGUUUCCUUCAAAAGUUCCAGGUCUCAUAUACAAGCUCGCCCAUUCUCGAGUCGGUCACCCUGAUCGACACGCCGGGAGUGCUUUCGGGAGAGAAGCAGCGCAUCGGCCGCUCCUACGACUUCUCUGGGGUGAUGGAGUAUUUCGCGGCGAGGGCGGACGCCAUUCUGCUCCUGUUUGAUGCCCACAAGCUCGACAUCAGCGACGAGUUCAAGGACUGCAUUAUGGGUUUGAAGGGCAACGAGGAAAAGGUCAAAGUCAUCCUCAACAAAGCAGACAUGGUCAACGGACAACAGCUUCUGAGAGUCUACGGUGCUCUGAUGUGGUCCCUGGGUAAGGUCCUGAACACUCCCGAGGUGAUGAGGGUCUACAUUGGAAGUUUCUGGGACCAACCGCUUCGGUAUCGAGACUGUGAGGCGCUGCUCUCUGCCGAGCAGGAGGAUCUCCUCGCCGAUCUCCGGUCUCUCUCGACCAACUCGACGAUGAGAAAGAUCAACGACAUUGUCAAGCGGGCGUCGAUGGUCAAGAUUCAUGCCCUGAUCAUAUCCCACCUCAAGCAAGAGAUGCCGGGGUUUUUCGGCAAGUCGUCCAAACAGAGCGAGCUGCUCGCCAACCUCGCUGCCGAGUUCACCAAACUGGAGCACUUGCAUCGCUUGCCUCGGGGAGACUUUCCGAAUGUCGAAGAGUUCAAGUCCAAGCUCAGUCUGUUCAAGAUCGACAAGUUUCCAAAGUUGGACAAGAAGCUGAUGGCUACUCUCGACACGGUGCGGAUCUCAUUCGCCCUCUGUGCCCCUCGAUAG